UUUGCUGUCUAGAGUUGGUCACUGGAGCCUGCACCCUGAUACCAUGAUGACUUCUGAACCUACUACUGAUACGGUGAUUCCUAUCAAUACUUUUUCUUAUACUGCUGAUGAUGUUAAUAGGAUACGCAGUGAAAUUAGUGGGGACGCUUCCUUUUUACAUACACCAUCGCUUGUUGAUUUACAACGCCAAUAUACUAAUGAAACCAAGAGACUGUCUGCUUUGAAUUUGCAUAUUGUCACUUUGAAUGAAUACCUUAAAUUUAACCGUAUCCCGAGAGGCUUGAGAUUUCAACCAAGUGAAAAUGCCUAUGCACAUGAUUUGGAUUACCGGUCUAAAUAUGAGUUAAUCUCCAACAAAUACUCCUUUGACAUCAUGUUACUUAAUCUGGAGUUUCUACAGAAAGACUCUAAAGAAACCCAACUCCGCAUUGACACUAUUGUAACAUCAUUGCGCUCUUUGUGUUUGGAGGAUGACUUUGGUAAACUUAUUGAUAAACAAGAUAAAUUUCUUUCUAAAUUCAAAACGGAUCAGGAGACCAUGAAAAGACAUAAGUGGCACAGGGACAAUCAUGAUUAUUCUACAGGACGUGUAUACACAUGGGGAAAUCAGUAUUCCCAGAAGAAGUUCCGUCGUCAAAAAGAUACUGAUACAGACUCUAAAAACACUUUUUUUGACUCUAAAAAUGUUGUUCAAAAUAAUUCAGAUUUUUUAGGCAUAGAAUCAAGACCCAAAGAGGACCCACCCGAAGGGGCGGGCGACGCCAUAGAAAAUUCCGGAAGAACCAGGGCACAGAGGAAUCCAAAAACUCAACAGGCCAAACUACCAUUCAAGAAGAAGUAGACACAAGAGCCACGGUUGGCGAGAGGAGAAUGUUGCAGCCACCCUAUAGACUUUGUUA